AUGGAGCAUAAGAUUUCUUUUCUUUUAUCUUUUCUUCUACUGGGUCUACUACUAAACCCAGCAACUUCUCAGCUUCAGAGAAAUUUCUACAGGAAUACAUGCCCCAAUGUUGAACAAUAUGUUAGAAGUGCAGUUCAACAGAAGUUACAGCAAACUUUUGUGACAGCACCUGGCACUCUGAGACUCUUCUUCCAUGAUUGUUUUGUCCAGGGGUGUGAUGCUUCUGUACUUCUUUCUUCACCUACUAAUAAUGCUGAGAAGGAUCACCCAGAUGAUAUUUCACUUGCUGGUGAUGGUUUUGACACAGUGAUCAAAGCUAAGGCUGCUGUUGAUAGGGAUCCAAGAUGCAAGAAUAAGGUUUCAUGUGCUGAUAUAUUGGCCUUGGCCGCAAGAGAUGUGAUAGCUUUGACAGGUGGCCCAUCUUACUUAGUUGAAUUGGGGAGACGUGAUGGAAGAAUCUCUACCAUGAGCAAUGUUCAAAACCAUCUUCCUCAUCCUAAUUUCAAUUUGAACCAGCUGAAUACCAUGUUCACCUCGAAUGGUCUCACGAUGACAGAUAUGAUUGCGCUAUCGGGAGCACACACAAUCGGCUUCUCUCAUUGCAACAGAAUUUCUAAUCGGAUUUACGGAUUCAGUCGCACCCGUCAAGUAGAUCCAACACUGAACCCAACUUAUGCUCAGCAACUUCAACAGAUGUGCCCAAGAAAUGUAGACCCAAGAGUUGCCAUUAACAUGGAUCCUACCACACCUAGGACUUUUGAUAAUGCCUACUUCAAGAACCUCCAACGAGGAAUGGGUUUGUUUACCUCUGAUCAAGUAUUGUUCUCAGAUUCAAGAUCCAGGAAUUUUGUGAAUUUCUUUGCAUCAAACAAUACAGCUUUCCAACAAUUUUUUGUUAAUGCCAUUACAAAGCUCGGAAGGGUUGGUGUUAAGACCGGAAUACAGGGCGAAAUUCGGCGUGAUUGCAGUGCUGUGAACUAGA